GCACACUUAAAACCAUAACAAAGACAUUCCCAUUUCUUUCCCUCCCUCGGAAAUCCCCUUCAUACACUACAACUCUUUUUAUAGUACGCCCAAAUUUGGGGCUCUGUUCAACUCUCUUGCUUCCUUUUUCAAGCCAUUUUCAUCCUUUUCUUCAGUGCUUCUGCAAAAUUCUUCUACUGAAGGCAUAGAACUUGUGCUUUUUCUUUCUUUUGUUUCCUUUUAAGCAUAGAAGUUUUAAUUGAGUUUUAUUUUCCUUAUUCGUGGUGUAAAUUAAAUGCUUUUCAUUCUUCAGUCAACAGCGAAGAUCUAAUUCCUUCAUUCAUUUUUAGAAAAUAAUUCAUUCGCAAUUACUCCUAUAUCCAACAAGUUUCUUAGUGGAUUACAUUCACAUCUCUAUUCGUCUCUCCACGCAUUCUUUCUGUGAACUAUAGAUUCACUAUAAAUAUUGCUGCAUUCCCCUUUUUUGUUUUUCUCUGGGGAGCGCAGUAAAAAAUGAAAAUGAAUGUGAAUUCUGUUAUCCUGUUGAAAUUGGUUCUGCUAAUUUGCUGGCCAUGGCUGGUUUACUCAAAAGGUGAACAGAGUCGGCUUUUGGUCAACAUGACUCUUGUCCAUAACGCUUCUACUCUAGGAGCAUAUUGUUUGGAUGGAAGUUUGCCUGCGUAUCACCUGCACCGAGGAUUUGGAGCAGGAGCAAGCAAUUGGCUUUUGCAAUUUGAGGGUGGUGGGUGGUGCAAUGAUAUCAAAUCAUGCUUGGAUAGAUCCAAAACUCGGCGUGGAUCAACUCGUUACAUGAAUAAGUGGGAGGUCUUCUCCGGCAUUCUCAGCGACAGUGCGUCUUUAAAUCCUGAUUUCUACAACUGGAAUCGGGUGAAGCUCAGAUAUUGUGAUGGAGCCUCGUUCGCUGGUGAUUCUAAGUUCUAUAAUGGGACAUAUUCCCGUAGCAGCGGCGAGCGAAAUGAGAGCACAUUGCUUUAUUUCAGAGGGCAAAGAAUUUGGCAAGCAAUUAUUCUUGAUCUUCUCCCAAAAGGUCUCGGGCGAGCAAAGAAGGCUUUGCUUUCUGGAUGCUCUGCUGGGGGCUUGGCGACCUUUUUGCAUUGUGACAACUUCACCAGUUAUCUGCCAAAUAAGUCUAGCGUGAAAUGCUUGAGUGAUGCUGGAUUCUUUUUAGAUGAGAGAGAUAUAAGUCUGAACCACACUAUCAGAUCUUUCUAUGAAGAUCUUAUUUCCCUACAGGGGGUAGAACCAAAUCUCAAUCAAAAUUGCACUUCUACACUCUACUAUCCACACCUGUGCUUCUUCCCACAGUAUGCAUUACCAUACAUCAGAACGCCAUUCUUCAUCUUAAAUUCAGCAUAUGACGUGUACCAAUUCCAUCACAUAUUGGUUCCGCCUUCUUCUGAUCCUCAAAGGCACUGGUAUCAUUGCGAGCUCAAUGUUACGGCAUGCAAUCCAAGUCAACUAAAUAUUUUGCAAGGUUGACAAAGAUUGUCAUAUUAUUAUCUUUGAAAGAUGUUGAAGAUAUAAUUAAAUAAAUACUCUAACAAAUUAAGCUUAUAGAUGAAACGGUCACGCAAUCAACAUGAUUCCAGACCAUCUCGAUUCUUGGUUAUCCAAUUUUGAGCAUUCAUGUUAUAUUGUCCAAUCCUUAGUGUACGGGGUUGUUAAAACUCGCACAUCGAUUUUGGGGGUAAUUGAUUUCCUAAUAUGGUUAUGGACAAUCCUCACCUGAUGAACUAACUUUUGAGGUUGAAUAAGGCCCAAAGUCCAUUUCUUAACAUGAUAUCAUGCAAUUCAACGUAAGUCAUUAAUGUAGGUCCUUA